AUGUGUGUUUUUUGAAACAUCUUGAUUUUUGUUGAAAUUUUAAGAAUCAGUUAUUGGAAUAGAGAUGAAGGAUAGGAAAUUUUAAUGCAAAGGACAAUUCUUUGAGGGAGACUAGUUCUCCUGCACACUAUGCUCAUGGUUACAGUGGUGUGAGUCAUUGAGCAAACUUCCUGGCAUUUCUGCCAGCUGUGAUUUCUCAGUAUUUUAAAGGAGGUGAUAACUGAAUUAUAAAUAGAUGAUAGGUUCCAUCUGUAAAUUUCUAAGCUAGAUCCAGAGUUUUCCAGAAGGUGUUGGUGCUUUUUUGGACCCUGGGUUGUUUCUGGCUACGAUACUUUGCCAGGAGGGCAGCUGAUUAGCCUCCAGACAUGCAGACACGUCAGGCUCCUUGUAGCGAGAUGCUCGCUCAGUGUCUUGAUUCUGUAUAGCACGUGCACUUGGAAUGACUUCCAGAUUUGCACUCCAGUUCAACCCCUUGCUCUCCUAGGUCUGCUAGCCAUCAGGAACUUACCUGACUGCUGAAAUCCUUGCAGUGUCAUUGGGAGACCAACAAAAUAAAAGCAAAACCAUAUGGGAAGUGAUAAAGUCUGUGCCAGACUUUGUUACUGAUAUUCUGAGUUGCCCAACCUCUCUCAUACUAGUUCAUUUUAAGGAACUGAUUGAUUUAAAUGUGUUAUUUAAAAUUAAAUAAAUAUUUACAGGCUUACUUUUUAAUUUUUUUUUUUUGAGGGCUGGGAUAUGUGAUUACCUAUACAUGCAUCCGAAAUACAUGCAUACAUGUGUGUUUUGCUGUGGUACUCCGAUAACUAGAACCACUUUUAAAUGGUGGUUCUAGUUAUCUAAUUAGACACAGUGGGCUCCUCCCAUUGUGUCAGGCUUUCUUAACACAGAAGGGAGCUGAACCAUGCAAUUACCUUCAUGGAGACCAGUCUUGUCUGUUCAGAGCUGUGGCAGAGGGGGUCCAAGUUACCUACCAGCAUCAGAGCCUGUCAACUGCUGUGUUGGGUGGUUAAAAAGACCUGUGAAGCUGUAACAACUCCUUGCAUCAGAACAGGGAGAGGGCUCUUCCCAGGCUUGCUGUUGAAAUGAGGCACAUGGUUGUGUGGUCUCCAGCCCUAGAAAUGCUCUCUGGAGCUUUCCAGUCAACAGGAAGUGCUAGCAGUUGCUGGUGGCUAAUUUAAGCAGCUGCUUUUCAAGACAGUGUCAGUGGUGUCCUUUCUGUGUAUUCAAGCAGAAGCUGAUCUGGUGGUGUUGAGACAGCACAGUGUUUUGGGGUGGUGAUGGGCGUCCCACAGGGCUCUGAGUGUAUGAGUGUGGCUUCCUUUUGCAUGAACUCGCUUGGCCGGGGUGUGAGCUAAGGGACCAGCAGUUUGCAGCUUAAGUGAUGUUUUUGCCUCCUUUGCAGACCUGGGAGGGCUUCAGGACCGUUGUCUGGGUCUCAGGGCACAGCCUGCCGGAGGCACUGGAAGUGGAUUGGUUCCUGGUCAUGCCCGGUGGAAGGAGGGGACCCAGCCGGCAGCAGCUAAGCCGUUCAGCUUUGCCUUCUCUCCAGACGCUGGUUGGUGGGAGCUGCGGGAACGGUACUGGUUUGAGAAACAGGAAUGGUAGUGCCAUCAGCCUCUCUGCACCUCCGAUCACAGCGCUGAUUACGCCAGAGCCUGUACGUCACUGCCGGAUCCCUGAACUGCCACUGGAUGGGAGCCUUCUCUUUGAAUUCCUGUUCUUCAUCUACCUACUGGUAGCCCUCUUCAUUCAGUACAUCAACAUCUACAAGACUGUCUGGUGGUACCCAUACAAUCACCCUGCAUCCUGCACCUCACUGAAUUUUCACCUCAUUGACUACCACCUGGCGGCGUUCAUCACAGUGAUGCUGGCUCGGAGGCUGGUGUGGGCCCUCAUCUCUGAGGCCUCUCAGGUGGGUGCGACAUCAGUGAUUCACUACCUGGUGCGCCUGGUGCUGCUCACCCUCUGUGGAUGGGUGCUCUGCUGGACUUUGGUCAACCUCUUCCGCAGCCAUUCUGUUCUCAACCUUCUCUUCCUGGGCUACCCGUUUGGUGUCUACGUUCCUCUGUGCUGCUUCCACCAGGACAGCAGAGCACAGCCCCUUCCUGCAGACUGUGGUUACUUGGUACAGGACCAGAUGGUGGAUGAUGGGUCUUCAGCUGUCAGCAGCCUGGUCAAACCCAAAGAUUUCCUCUCGCUUCUGUGGGAGUCCCUGAGAGAACAGUUCAAUAACCCUACAUCUAUCCCCACUCACAGCUGCCCCCUCUCCCCAGAUCUCAUCCGCAAUGAGGUGGAGUGCUUAAAAGCAGACUUCAACCGCAGGAUCAAGGAAGUUCUCUUCAACUCUCUCUUCAGUGCCUACUACGUGGCGUUUCUGCCACUGUGUUUUGUGAAGAGUACCCAGUACUACGACAUGCGCUGGUCCUGCGAGCACCUCAUCAUGGUGUGGAUCAAUGCCUUUGUCAUGCUCACCACUCAGCUGCUGCCUCCCAAGUACUGUGACCUGCUCCACAGAUCAGCUGCCCACCUUGGCAAGUGGCAGAAACUAGAACACGGUUCCUACAGCAAUGCUCCACAGCAUAUCUGGUCAGAAAACACAAUAUGGCCGCAAGGAGUUCUGGUGCGACGGAGCCGAUGCCUGUAUAAAGCAGUUGGGCCUUACAACGUAGCAGUGCCUUCAGAUGUGUCCCACGCCCGCUUUUAUUUCCUUUUUCACCGUCCAUUACGGCUGCUCAACCUGCUGAUUCUCAUUGAAGGCAGCGUGGUCUGCUACCAGCUCUACUCGCUGCUGCGCUCAGAGAAGUGGAACCAUACCCUCUCCAUGGCCCUCAUCCUUUUCUGCAAUUACUAUGUUUUAUUUAAGCUCCUCCGGGACCGGAUAGUAUUAGGCAGGGCAUACUCCUACCCACUUAACAACUAUGGACUCAAGGCACACUAGGCCGGCCAAAUGUGUACCCCUUCUCUUUCCUUUCUCACAUGGCAGGGAGGGAACCUCAGAAAAAAAAAAUAUUUUCGUACAGUUCUAUUUUUUUUUCUUGCGGCGUUUAUAAAUAUUUAAAAUAUUUUA